AUGCCAUGCGACGGGAAAAGAACAAGGUGGGGACAAAACAUUCGGACCACCAAUAUAUAUAUGACUUGGUCACUCGCUUAUAAAGACAGAAGUGUAAAGCCAAUGCUUAGACUAUCCAAGGACAAACCGAGAUUAUCUGAGAUGGAACAUUUUGGUGAUCUAGAAGAGCGAACCUCCAUAAGCAUCGAUGAAAACGAAAUCCCGAUUUCUGAUUCGGAAGAUGAUUAUUCAUUUUCUUCUUCCGUUUUUGAAGAAUUCGGAAUUUUCAAAAGCAAUGGAUUGACUAGGAUAGAAGAAAGUAAAUGCUAUAAAAUCAUCAAUGGAUGCGUUGCUCACGGUGGUGGAUCAAAGGACAAAAAAGUCGCGGCUGUCCAUAAAAUACCAUGGUCUGGUCCCAAUGGGCGGUUGGAAGCUUUUCGCAUUUCCCCUGCUGAAAUGGUGAAUAAACGCGGAGGAAAUGGAAAUAUAAAGCACGCAUGGCUAUUGUCAUCACCUGUGGAUGAAUACGGGCUCCAGCAUAUAUUGCUGUGUAGCGUAAUAUUGGGAAAAAUGGAAGAAGUAAGGUCUGGUUCGAAACAGUUCAAACCAAGUUCAAGCGAAUUUGAUUCUGGAGUUGAUAAUCUUUCAACACCGACAAGGUUCAUAACAUGGGAGGCUUACAUGAACUCCCGCAUUUUUUCCAGCUACGUGGUCAGUUUCAGGACUCUCAAUUCUAGAGCUUCAUUCAUUUGGAUUAGUCUGACUCUGAUGUCAUUUGAUAAGGUUUCGGAAGGGAUCGAACUCCUAUAUACAAGCACAGAAAAAAAGAUCUCACGAGCCCAAUUGAUCCAUAGAUUGAGGCAACUAGUUGGAGACGAGUUGAUAAAUGAUGUGAUCAAAUUAUAUACCAACAAGCAACCUGAGGGAAGAAGUAGCUAG